AUGGCGUCCCAUCAGCUGGCUAUCGCAAAAGCCUCCUUUUCAGCCGGACUACUACGUCCCGAUCCCACCUCCGUCUCGCGCGACGAAAUCACAGCCUUCCAUUCCGCGCUCGACCAAGCGCUUUCGCAUUGUUCCUAUACCAACAUCCAGAAUUGCAAAUCAUGGCUUCUCAACUACGUCGUUUCGUCUUCCAAUCGCGUCGGGGUUUGGGCCAAGUACCUGGUCGCUUUAUCCGGCUCGCUCGCUACCGAUUACGGCAAGCCGUCCAAAACCUCAGAGAAGAGGAAGAGAUUACACAUUCUCUAUCUCCUCAACGACCUCUUCCACCAUACCAAAUACCAUCUAGAGUCGACGGCGGCUUUUUCGACCUUGACCGGCUCCUGUCAACCCUAUAUCGUUGACCUGUUGGGUUACGCUGCGUCGUACAAUCGGGAGAAGAACCCUAAACACCACCGACGGCUCGAUGAUCUUCUGGAUAUCUGGGCGGAGAAUGGAUAUUACGGUGCAGACUAUGUCAGCAAGCUGCGGGAGGUGGUGAAGAACUCGGCCGUGUCUGGUCCAGUGAAGACGUCCAUUGGCGUGGAGAAUAACAAUACCGACACAGCGAACCAGAAACAGGUCUCUGGAAAAGAGGUACCAUUCGUCAUGCCGUCGACGCAUGGCGAUCCUACCACUCCUUACUAUGACCUACCGGCCGGCAACUUGGUUCCGCACAUUAUACCGAACUCAACAAUCCCACUCCGACCCGAGUCGAUUAAACCACUUCAAUUCCUGGCAGGUCCUGCAGACGAGAAAUUGGUGUCAGCACUCAAGGUGUUCAUGAAGGAUGUAAAUCAGAUAUACGAGUUAGAGAAACCAGAACCCAAGAACGACGACGAAGUGGUCGACAUUGACGAGCUGGGACAAACGGUGAUUCGAGAUGCGACGACUGGCGAGAUAAUAACUGGUGAAACGUACUACGGCUGGUCACGCUCGUUCUGUGAGCAAAUGAAGAAGAGGAAUAUCAAUAACACAAGAUACUCCCGAAGUCGAAGUCGGAGUUGGAGUCGGAGUGUCAGCCGCAGUGUCAGUCGCAGCCAGACUCCUCCGAGGCGGAGACGCUACAGUGACAGCCCAGGAAGCGAAGAUGGUCGACGGCGGCGACAAUCCCCCAGAUCCGAGAGUCGGUCGCCCGUUGGUCGACGAGGCGGGCCUGGCAACCGACGGUCAGAUUCGCGGUCAGCAAGCCCUCCAACAAGACGCCAAUCUUCACGCGAGAGAUCCUACUCUCCUCCACCAUCCACUGGUCCUCGAUCAUCAUUCCCUCCGCCAUUCAAACGCAAGCCGUUUCCCAAUGUAGCCCCUCCAUCAGCAGCAGCAGCAGCUCCUCCGCCGCCGCCGAUGCACCAGAAUGGUUUCCCACCAAGCCAAUUCCCAGUCACAGGAAUGCCACUUCCGACUCCUCCGCCAAAUUAUCAAGGCGCAUGGCCUCCGCCUCCGCCGAUGCCAGGAAUGCCGGGGAUGAUGCCGAAUUCUGCUGCUUUUCCGUCGCCGUUCCCAUUGCAAGGGGGUGGUCAUUUUCCUCCUAUUCAUAUGGGAGGCGGAGCGCCUAGUGCUCCGGUGUCGCUACCGCCGGGUUCGUAUCAUUUUCCGCCGCCGCACUCAGGGUCGGGUUCGAAUCCGGGGUAUCCGAAUCAGCAGGGAUGGGGACAACAGGGUGGUGGUAAUCGCGGUGGACGUGGAUGGCGGUGA